AGGAGCCGGUCCCCCGCGGGUCACCACCAUGCCCAGCAAAACCAAGUACAACCUUGUGGACGAUGGGCACGACCUGCGGAUCCCCUUGCACAACGAGGACGCCUUCCAGCACGGCAUCUGCUUCGAGGCCAAGUACGUCGGAAGCCUGGAUGUGCCGAGGCCCAACAGCAGAGUGGAGAUUGUGGCUGCCAUGCGCCGGAUCCGGUAUGAGUUUAAAGCCAAGAACAUCAAGAAGAAGAAGGUGAGCAUUAUGGUUUCAGUGGAUGGAGUGAAAGUGAUUCUGAAGAAGAAGAAGAAGAAAAAGGAGUGGACGUGGGAUGAGAGCAAGAUGCUGGUGAUGCAGGACCCUAUCUACAGGAUCUUCUACGUCUCUCAUGAUUCCCAAGACCUGAAGAUCUUCAGCUAUAUCGCCCGAGAUGGUGCCAGCAAUAUCUUCAGGUGUAACGUCUUUAAAUCCAAGAAGAAGAGCCAAGCUAUGCGAAUUGUGCGGACGGUCGGGCAGGCCUUCGAGGUCUGCCAUAAGCUGAGCCUCCAGCACACGCAGCAGAAUGCAGACGGGCAGGAGGAUGGAGAGAGCGAGAAGAACAGCAGCUGCUCAGGGGACCCAGGCCGCCAGCUCCCUGGAGCCGAGAGGGCCUCCACGGCCACCGCGGAGGAGACGGACAUCGAUGCAGUGGAGGUCCCGCUCGCAGGGAAUGACGUCUUGGAAUUCAGCCGAGGUGUGACCGACCUUGACGCUGUCAGGAAGGAAGGAGGCUCCCACCCGGACCCCAAGGUCUCACCCCGCCCCCAGGAACCCAUGCUGGCAGCCUCGCCCUCGCCCAGGAUGCUCCUCCCCUCUUGCUCCUCGAAGCCCCCAGGCUGGGGCCCAGGGACGCCGCUGUCCAGCCAGCACCAGAUGCAGCUUCUGCAGCAGCUCCUCCAGCAGCAGCAGACGCAGACGCAAGUGGCUGUGGCCCAGGUUCACUUGCUGAAGGACCAGCUGGCUGCCGAAGCGGCUGCGCGGCUGGAGGCCCAGGCCCGCGUGCACCAGCUCCUGCUGCAGAACAAGGACAUGCUCCAACAUAUCUCUCUGCUGGUCAAGCAGGUGCAGGAGCUGGAGCUGAAGCUGUCAGGACAGAAUGCUAUGGGCUCCCAGGACAGCUUGCUGGAGAUCACCUUCCGCUCCGGAGGUCUGCCGGUGCUCUGCGACCCCACCACCCCGCAGCCGGAGGACCUGCCCUCGCCGCCCCCGGGUGCGGGCCUGGCCGAGCUGGCCCACCCGGCCGGCAGCCCCCUAGUGGACCACGGCGUGUUUGAGAACUUGAACGCGGCCCACGCUCCGAAGCUGCAGCCCAGCUGCUCCUUCCCCCACUUGUCCAGGCUGGUGGCCCCCAGCUCUGCCGCCCCGGGGCCGGUGGAGCCCGGCGGGCCGGGACUCUGGGUGGGCAGCAGUCAGCACCUCAAGAACCUGGGCAGAGCCGUGGGGGCCAAAGUCAACGACUUCCUGCGGAGGAAAGAGCCCUCGAGCCUGGACGGUGCGGGCGCCAUGGAGAUCAACAGGACCGCGGGGGCCCGGCUGGCCGGCGGAGUUGCUGGCGAGGAGGAGAGGUCAGCCCCGCAAGAAGCAUUCCCUCGACUGGACCCCCCGCCCCCCAUCACCAGGAAGCGAACGCCUCGGGCCCUGAAGACCACACAGGACAUGCUGAUUUCGUCACAGCCCGUCCUAAGCAGCCUGGAGUAUGGGACCGAGCUGUCUCCUGGGCAGCCCCAGGACACCCUUUCCCCUGCCCAGCCGGAGGCCCCUGUGGAAAUGGCAGAUAGGGGCGAGGCUCUGCCCAAUGGAGAAGUUUCCCCUUCCGUGCCUGACCUGAUUCACCAGGACAGCCAGGACGAGCCCAAGCUGAAGAUGACUGAGUGCCGAAGGGCCUCCUCCCCUGGCCUCCUUGAGAGGAACGGCCUCAGACUCAGCCCCAUCCACCUGGCCGAGCCACUGGAGGCCAGCAGCCCCCCUCCUCGGGCACGGACCUCCAGCCUUGACAAUGAGGGCCGGCACCCAGACCUGCUCUCCUUUGAGUAGGGCCUCUUCUCCCUGCCAAGCACCCCCCUUCCCCUCGGCCAUCUCCUUCCCUCGUACCCCUUGCCCCCCAGCUCUGUGUGCCCUUUGCCCCCUUGUGCAGAGAUCAGCGGAGAGCCAGUCCCCCCGUGUGGGCUGUGCAGGGCCAAGAGUCCCUCAGUCGUCCUCGUUAAAGGCCCGUGUUCCGUAAGCUCCUCUGGGUGCCGGCCGCAGCCCUGGGAUGUUGGAGCCCCUCUACUCCCAAGCUGCCCUGACUUCCCACUGGACCCCAGGGCCACCAGCCUGGGAUGAAGGCUCCUGCCGGCCUCCCACACGCUGUCUGUGCCCCCGCCCCUCUCCCUCCCUGCCCUGGUUCGUUUCUCCUGC